GAAGCAAACAUGGACAUCAAGAACCUCCUUCAGAUGGUCUCUUACAACUUUACUCGGCAUGAAGCAGUGGAAGUCCAAAACAAAGCAGAUCGGCCAAACAAAGGACGAUAUCGAAAUCGAGGAUGUUUCCGACGCGGAGAGUGACCUGAGCCGCGACUGGACGCCGCCGCCGCUGCAGCGGGUCCUGUACCACGACCCGACCCCGUCCGAGGCGCUGCCGGACAGGUCACCCCCGGAGGACGUCCCGCUCUCUGAGCCGUCUCGCCUGCCGUGCUGGGAGGCGCUGAGACCGCAGAGUGGGUGGUACAUCGGCUGGCUGCUGGUGGUCGUACUGGUGUUUCUGUACAACUGCUGGAUGGUGCCCUACAGGGCCUUCUUCCUCUACGGCAGGCAAGAGUUCUACUGGCCGUGGCAGUUGGGCGACUACCUCGGUGACGUCAUCAAUCUGGUGGACGUUCUCUGUAUGAAGCCGCGGCUGGCAUUUGUCAGUACCGUGGACGGUACCUGGGUGACGUCACGAAGGCAAACCAUCCGCCACUAUGUCGGAACGACAAUGUUCUGGAUGGACAUUAUAGCUGUGAUCCCUCUGGGCAUACUUUACGCUAUUUACGGCCCAAACUCAUUCUGUCGAGUAAACCGAAUGGUAAAGAUACACACGUACUGGGAGUUUUUCGGCCGGCUGACGGCGGUGGCGGCGUUCCCCAACGUCACCCGAGUGGCCCGCACCCUGUUCUACAUGUUCUUCCUCAUCCACAUCAACAGCUGCGCCUACUACAUGGCCAGUCUGCUGCAGGGCUUCGGCUCCAACACCUGGGUGUACAACAACGUCGGCAACGCGUACGCGCGGUGCGUGUUUUUCGCCACCAAGACGGCCAUGUCGGUAGGCAGGAACCCCAAACCGACCAACGUCGCAGAGUAUGUGUUCAUGGCGGCCAGCUGGCUGCUGGGAGUGUUCGUGUUCGCCAUCCUACUCGGUCAGAUCCACGACAUUGUGGCGAUGGCGAGCCGGUCUCAGACGGAGUUUCGUGAGCGUCUGGACAAGGUGAUGCUGCUGCUGAAGAACAAGGGUGUGCCGCAGGAGACCCGUCAGCGGGUCAAACUCUGGCUGACCUACACCCAUCAGGAGGAUACCACGCCGACGGAGCACAACUGCCUCCUGAGCCUGCCGCUCAAGCUGCGGACCGAUGUGGCCAUGCAGGUCCACUACAGUACGCUGGGCAAGGUGCGCCUGUUCAGAGGCUGCGACAUCACCUUCCUCAGAGACGCGGUGCUGCAGCUGCAACCGGUCGUCCUUCUUCCUGGAGACUUCGUCUUCAGACAGGCAAGCACGGCGAGAGUUGCCUGA